AUGGCUGAAAACGUUCAUAACCCUGGAAACAAAAUGGUCAUCGAUGUUAUCAUUGAAAACAAACAAAUUCAAUUUCGAGUAGGCACUGGCGCAGAUGUGUCGUUAAUGAAUGAGAAGUUUUGGGUAGCGUUGGGAAAACUAAAACUAUCAAAGGAUACAGAGAGACUCAGAAACGUGUCAGGUAACUUAAUGUCCUUCAAAGCACUAUUUCAAGAACAGUACGUUUUUGGCAAUACUCCUCCAAUAACAAUGUUGUUCUAUGUGAAGCACGGCAAAGGAUCAAAUAUAUUAGGAAUGGACUGGGUAAGAAAAACAAAUCUUUCUCAAAUAUGUAUUACAUUUCUCACAUCCUUGACCAGUCAAAAAGUAGCACUUUCUGUUGAAAGACCGUUGCAGUUUCAAUGUCAGUUAAAACGUGUUCUAGACACAUUCAGUGAUGUUUUUGGUGAUGAUCUUGGAUUUUGUAGUCAGUCAGUUAGCAUCCAUGUUCGACCUGAUGCUGAACUCAAGGUUUUUCCUUAUCGAAGACUGCCAAUUCGUCUUUGGAAGAAGAUUGAAGCAGAAUUAGAUAGGCAGGUUAAAUGA